CAAUGGUAUCGUUCUUACGUCAUACUGAAGUUGUUUCUAGAUAUUUCCGGGUGUGUUUCCAGUUGUGGGCCUCAAUACAAAAAGUUGGCGUUUAUUGUUUUUUACAGAAGAAAUACAAGUUUUUGAACUACAUUUGGUGUGUUUGUCAGUGUUUAGAGGCAAAAUGAAUCGCAUUUUUGGUCGAGGUAAAGCAAAAGGACCCCCACCAAACCUUACGGACUGUAUAGGAAAUGUUGACUCAAGGGCAGAGUCUAUUGAUAAGAAGAUUGCCAGGUUGGAUGCAGAGUUGGUCAAAUACAAGGAUCAAAUGAAAAAGAUGAGAGAAGGACCUUCAAAGAACAUGGUUAAGCAGAAGGCCAUGAGGGUACUGAAGCAGAAGAGGGCGUAUGAGGGCCAGAGAGACAACCUCACCCAGCAGUCUUUCAACAUGGAACAGGCAAACUACACAAUCCAGACACUGAAAGACACGAAAACAACAGUGGAUGCCAUGAAAAUCGGAGCCAAGGAAAUGAAAAAGGCUUACAAAAAUGUGAAAAUUGACCAGAUUGAGGACCUGCAAGAUCAGCUGGAGGACAUGAUGGAGGACGCCAAUGAGGUCCAAGAGGCCAUGAGCCGCAGCUACGGAACACCAGAUAUCGACGAGGACGACCUGGAAGCUGAGCUGGAUGCCCUGGGAGAUGAGCUGCUCCUAGACGAUGACAGCUCAUACUUGGAUGAAGCUUCUUCUGCACCUGCCAUUCCAGAGGGACUUCCCAGCGACAGCAGGACAAAUAAGGAUGGUGUUCUUGUGGAUGAGUUUGGCCUGCCACAGAUUCCUGCUACAUAGGAAGCAAAAGAGGGGAAAAAAGCAGUACUCUAAAAACACAUUUUUAAAAUGUAAAAUAGCAUUUAUAUAUUGGUUGGAAUUGUGCCUGUAAACACAGCCAUAUUGGCCAAUCUGAUGUAUUGCGGCGAUAUAUCAAAGUGGUCUUGGUCUGUUUUAUUGUUACGACAUGCUAGUGGUUUUGUAACCUUCUCUUUGAUUGUUAAGCUUGUUCAUUUAAAAAAUAAUUAAGUGCAAUGAAAUCAAAA